UAUAGCAUAUAUAUAUAUACCCAAAAUGUUAUCGUUUCGAAGUGUAAUCAAUAUGGAAAUUAUUGAGAUGUUUUACUUUUUUUUUCUUUCUAAAGUUUUUUAUAUCUGGUAUGUAUUUUUGAAUUACAGCACAUCUAAAUUUGGACUAGCCACAAUUUAAGUGCUCAGUCAUCACGUGUCUAAGCCAGCAUAUUGGACAUUGCAGCUUCAGAGAUUUUGUGUAACCUGAAUUCUAAAUGUAACUUAAUAUAUUUAAAAGUAUAGAAAUACCUAAAUGUAAUCAUUCCUAAGUGUAACACAAAUGGACUAUUUUUUAGUAAAUUAAAAAUAUUCAGUAAAGUAUUUGUUAUAAUAAAGAAAAAUGCUAAUGAUAUAGUGAUGAAGUCAGGUCUGAAAAAUUCUUUAAUUUUAUACAAACUACUUUUUAAAAACAGAGAUUUUAUGGUUCAUUUGGAGUAAAAGAAAUCCAUCAGUUUUGUUUUUUUUUUCCUAAUCCUUAAAGGAAAAAAGGUUAGAAUAAAGCACAUUUAUUGAGAAUUUUUUUAUGGGCCCACUUAGGCCCUUUGCGAGCAGUGUUCUUAUGAACACUAUUUCAGUUAAUUGUGAAAUUCUGAUUAUGUGAACAUACCUAGAAAUAAGUAAAAUUAGGUAUUCCAUGGUACACAGGAAGUUUUUUCUUUAGCAGUGGUUGGCAAACUACAGCUUGUGAGCCAGAUUCGUCCCUUGGCCUGUUUUUUCCAGCCUUUGAGUUAAUUAUGUUUUGAAAGAAUUGUUUUAAAAAGGAAGGGAAAAGGGAAGGAUAUGAAACAGAUCGUAUGUGGCAUGCAAAGCUUAAAUAUUGGCCCUUGAAGAGAAAUAAAUAAUUUUAGAAAUAAUACAUGGGUUUGUCAUUUCAGCAUUUGGUGAUGUUCAGAGAUGUGGCUGUAGACUUUUCUCAGGAAGAGUGGGAAUGCCUGAACUCAUAUCAGAGGAAUUUAUACAGAGAUGUGAUAUUAGAGAACUAUAGCAACUUGGUGUCAGUGGCAGGAUGUUCCAUUUCUAAGCCAGAUGUGAUUACCCUACUAGAGCAAGGGAAAGAACCCUGGAUGGUUGUGAGGGAUGAGAGAAGAAGAAGGAGCCUAGAUUUAGAAUCCAGAUAUGACACUAAAAAGUUAUUUCAAGAAAAGGAUAUUUAUGAAAUGAAUUUAUCUCAGUGGGAGAUAAUGAGAAGAAUUAGAAGUUGUGGCCUUGAAGACUCCUUUAUCAGAAAAGAUUAUAAAUAUAAAAAGUUUGAGGGACAAGAAGGUCCUCAAGAGGGAUAUUUCAGGCAAGUGAAAAAAAUGCCCAGUUACAGAAAACUCACAUCUCUUACUCUGUAUCAGAGAAUUCAUAAUAGAGAGAAACCCUACGAAUGUGGGGACUGUGGGAAGGCCUUUAGAGUGCGCCAACAACUUACUUUCCAUCAGAGAAUUCACACUGGUGAAAAACCCUAUGAAUGUAAAGAAUGUGGAAAAGCCUUUAGACAGUGUGCCCACCUUAGUCGACAUCAGAGAAUUCAUACUUCUGACAAACUCCUCGAAUGUAAAAAAUGUGGAAAGAUCUUUACAUGUGGUGCAGAUCUUCGAGUACAUCAGAGAACUCAUAUUGGUGAGAAGCCCUAUGAAUGUAAGGAAUGUGGGAAGGCCUUUAGAGUGCGAGGACAACUUAAUCUCCAUCAAAGGAUUCAUACUGGUGAGAAACCCUAUGAAUGUAAGGAAUGUGGGAAGACCUUUAGACAGUAUGCACACCUUACACGACAUCAGAGACUUAAUAUUGCUGAGAAGUGCUAUGAAUGUAAGGACUGUGGGCAGGCUUUUUUGUGUAGUACAGGCCUCAGAGUACAUCACAAACUUCAUACUGGUGAAAAACCCUAUGAAUGUAAGGAAUGUGGAAAGGCCUUCAGAGUGAGACAACAACUCACUCUCCAUCAGAGAAUCCAUACUGGUGAGAAACCCUAUGAUUGUAAAGAAUGUGGGAAGACCUUUAGUCGUGGUUAUCAUCUGACCCUCCAUCAGAGAAUUCAUACUGGUGAGAAACCUUAUGAAUGUAAGGAAUGUCAAAAGUUCUUCCGUCGUUACUCAGAACUUAUUUCACAUCAGGGUAUUCAUAUUGGAGAGAAACCCUAUGAUUGUAAGGAAUGUGGGAAGACCUUUAGACUGUUCUCACAACUUACUCAACAUCAGAGUAUUCAUUUUGGUGAGAAACCUUAUAAAUGUAAGGAAUGUGAGAAGACUUUUAGACUGCUAUCACAACUUACUCAACAUCAGAGUAUUCAUACUGGUGAGAAACCCUAUGACUGUAAGGAAUGUGGAAAGGCCUUUAGACUUCAUUCAUCCCUUAUUCAACAUCAGAGAAUUCAUUCUGGUGAAAAACCGUACAAAUGUAAGGAAUGUAAAAAAGCAUUUAGACAACAUUCCCAUCUUACCUACCAUCAGCGAAUUCAUAAUGUAACUAAAUUCUGGUCACAACCCAACCUCUUACGACCAUCCCCGCCCCUCGCUUCUUCAUGCAUCUGCAAAGAGAAGGUAGAAGACGACGAGAAAAUCUGGAUUCGCAGCUCUGGGUACGCUGCAGUUCUGACACCGCAGGUGGCCACCCCCGAGGCCAACUAUCGCCUCACUCUGUCCACAACUAUUCCAUGGAUCCUUCCAGCCCUAGCGGCCCUCGUCCAGUCCAAGUCCCGACUCUACGCCGGAGACCUUCUUUCUGGGGCUCCACCUCCGACCGUGCGCUCUGCCCUUUUCUCCGCAGCCAGGCCCUGCACGCCGAGGCGUGUACUGAAGUGCGCGGGGCCUCGGCAUCGCCUCCAGGCGGUAGGCCGCGCGCACAAGCCCUACCCCGAGUCGAGUUCUAGCCGCUCCAUCCAGCUCAGCCCGCGCACCAGCUCUGCGGAGCCCAGGAGGGAAAGUACAGCGACACCAAAUUCUGGGAAAGAGGUCGGCUCACACCUUAGGAGCGCGAGAUCCCCCACUGGAGCAAAGGAGACUCAAGGCGCGCCCGAUUCCUGGCCGCACAAUGUGGCUACGGCCGCUGCAUUCUGUUGGAUCGAACUGGGGUCACAUUUUUUACUACAUUUCCCGGAGGCCACCGCGUCCCUGCGCCAUCUCGUACGCUCACUCCGUUACGUCUUGAUGCAAGGAUCCAGUCUGCAGCGGCCAGCUCUGCCUUCUUUGGACUCUGCACAUCUCCAGGAGAAGAACCCAGAAAACCGAUCAGUCCUGACAGUUCUAAAAAACAUGCCCCAUUGGUUGGUGACUUUCAAGGAUGUGGCCAUCGACUUCUCUCAGGAGGAGUGGGAAUGCCUUAACUCCACUCAGAGGGACUUGUACAGGGAUGUGAUGUUGGAGAACUACAGCAACCUGAUCUCCCUGGACUUGGAAUCCAGUUGUGAGACUAAAAAGUCAUCUCCAGAAAAGGGAGCUUAUGAAAUGGAAUCACUGCAAUGGGAGAGUAUGAGGAAACCUAUCAGUCAUAACCUUGAUUACAAUGGUCUUAGAGAUACGAUGGAGGGCAAAGGAAAGUUUGAGGGUCAACAGGAAGGUCAGGAAGGACUUUACAUGCACAUGAAAAUAACCUGUGGAGAAAAGGCCACUCAAAGCCAUUCUGUGUCACCUAUUCUUCAUCAGAUAAAUCCUACCAAGGAAAAAUUGUACAAAUGUAAGAAAUGUGAACAAGCUUUCAACUACCUGUCAUGCCUUACUCAACAUGAGAAAAGCCAUAAUAAAGAAAAACACUCUGAAGUUAAGAAACAUAGGAAGACCUUCAGCAAAAAGCCAGCCUGUAUUCAACAUCAGAGGAUUCAGAAUGGUGAAAAGCCUUAUGAGUGUAUGGAAUGUGGGAAGGCUUUUGGCCGUAGUUCUGAUCUGAUUCAACAUCAGAAAAUUCAUACUAAUGAAAAACCUUACCAGUGUAAGGCAUGUGGGAAGGCUUUUAUUCGCGGUUCACAGCUCACUGAACAUCAGAGAGUUCAUACAGGAGAGAAACCAUAUGAAUGUGAGAAAUGUGGAAAAGCCUUUAGUUAUUGUUCACAGUAUACUCUACAUCAGAGAAUUCAUAGUGGUAAAAAACCCUAUGAAUGUAAGGAAUGUGGGAAGUCCUUUAUCCUUGGCUCUCAACUCACUUACCAUCAGAGAAUUCAUAGUGGUGAGAAACCCUAUGAGUGUAAGGAAUGUGGAAAGGCCUUUAUUCUUGGUUCACACCUUACUUAUCAUCAAAGAGUUCAUACUGGUGAAAAGCCUUACAGAUGUAAAGAAUGUGGGAAGGCCUUUUUAUGUGCCUCCCAACUUAAUGAACAUCAGAGAAUCCAUACAGGUGAAAAACCCUAUGAAUGUAAAGAAUGUGGGAAGGCCUUUUUUCGUGGCUCACAACUAACUUACCAUCUGAGAGUUCAUACAGGUGAGAGACCCUAUAAAUGCAAAGACUGUGGGAAAGCCUUUAUUUCUAAUUCUAAUCUUACUCAACAUCAGAGAAUUCAUACAGGUGAAAAACCCUACAAAUGUAAAGAAUGUGAGAAGGCCUUUAUUUGUGGCAAACAACUUAGUGAACAUCAGAGAAUUCAUACAGGUGAGAAACCCUUUGAAUGUAAGGAGUGUGGAAAGGCUUUUAUUCGUGGUGCAUAUCUUACUCAACAUGAGAAAAUUCAUGGUGAGAAGCAUUAUGAAUGUAAGGAAUGUGGGAAGACCUUUUUUCGUGCCACACAACUUACAUAUCACCAGAGAAUUCAUACAGGUGAGAAACCCUACAAAUGUAAGGAAUGUGACAAGGCUUUUAUUUAUGGCUCACAACUUAGUGAACACCAGAGAAUUCAUAGAGGUGAAAAACCCUAUGAAUGUAAGCAAUGUGGGAAGGCCUUUAUUCGUGGCUCACAUCUUACUGAACAUCUAAGAACUCAUUCCGGUGAGAAACCCUAUGAAUGUAAGGAAUGUGGGAAGGCCUUUAGUCGUGGCUCAGAACUUACUCUACAUCAAAGAAUCCAUACUGGUGAGAAACCUUAUAUGUGUGUUCAAUGUGGUAAAGACUUUAGACGUCAUUCACAACUUGCUCAACACAUGAGGCUUCAUAAUUGAAAAAGCCUUGAAUAUGAUUUAAUAUAAGAAAGGCUUUAAUGUCUUCAUCACCUCUGGAAUGUUAGAGAACCCAUAUUAUGUUCGUAAUGAAUUUAGGACAUCCUUUUGUUUGUGCUCAAAAUCAACUCAUUUUUAGAAAGCCUGUAUUAAUGAAUGCAGAAAUAACUUCUGGAACCCAUUAUACAUUUUUAAGAAUCUCUGUAACCUUGGAAUGGAAUGCUGGAGUAUAUCCUUUAUUGAGCACCAUCUCUAUUUCACCAUUUCCUGUGAAAUUGGAGAAGUUACUUAACCUCUCUGUGCCUCAGUUUCUUUGUGUAAAAUAAUGUAAUGAUAUCACAUUGAUUAAAUUAUAAAUGAUGAUGCAACUCCCUUUGGACAGUAUCGGAUACUCAGUAUCUGUUAUUAUUGCUUCUAUCAUCAUUAUUAUAUGUUAUUAGAGAAGUCAAAUGGUAAGAAUAUUUUUGAGUACAGUAAGAUGUAAGCAUUUUAUUACCAUCUAUUCCCUUUUUUGUUUUUGUUUUAGAUUUUAUUUAUUUGAGAGAGAGAGCACAUGCGCACAGGUGAAUGGGGGGUGUAGCUGAAUGGGGAGCCCGAUGGGCUCAAUCCCAAGACCCCGGGAUCAUGACCUGAGCCAAAGGCAGAUGCUUAACCGACUGAGCCACCCAGGGGCCCCCCUUUUUGUUUUGUUUUUACCAUCUAUCCCUUUUUGAACACCAGAUAAUUUAUUCUAUGACAGAAGCUUUAGAAUAUAAUAAGGGCAGGAAGCUCUCCAUUUUAGAGCUCAUAAAUUUUGCUGCACCAGAUAAUUCAUACUGCAAACAAAUUAUAGAAGAAAUUCCUUUAGAGUUAUAGAGCUUUUUUAUAAAAUCAAGGAGAGGUGAUUUUUCUAAAGCAAAUUCCAAAAGCAGAAGUUGUUAUUCCACAUUUUCUAAUUACUACUUUAAGGGAAAAAUAAUAUAUCAACAAAAUGAUAGCCAAGUAGCUCCAUUAAAAGAAAAAAAACUACUAAAAGAAGAAAAACUAUGGGGGCGCCUGGGUGGCUCAGUCGUUAAGCGUCUGCCUUUGGCUCAGGUCAUGGUCCCAGGGUCCUGGGAUCGAGCCCCGCAUCAGGCUCCCUGCUCUGCGGGAAGCCUCUCCCUCUCCCACUACCCCUACUUGUGUUCCCUCUCUCACUGUGUCUCUCUCUGUCAAAUAAAUAAAUAAAAUCUUGGGGCGCCUGGGUGGCUCAGUCGUUAAGCGUCUGCCUUCGGCUCAGGUCAUGAUCCCAGGGUCCUGGGAUCAAGCCCCAUGUUGGGCUCCCUGCUCCGCGGGAAGCCUGCUUCUCCCUCUCCCACUCCCCCGCUUGUGUUCCCUCUCUCACUGUGUCUCUCUCUGUCAAAUAAAUAAAUAAUUUAAAAAUAAAUAAAUAAAAUCUAAAAAAAAAAGAAAAACUAUGUAAAUUAUUACCAUCUUAAAUGAGAAAUCAAAAUUUACCAACUACAGCUUUUUCUCGUUAUCUGUAUCUAAUCCAUUCCUGAUAAUAUGUUGAGUAGUAUAUUUUCAGAUGCCCAAAUCUCAGAGUCUACAUUGCAUUAUUUUAAAUGGGAAAAAUGAUAAUAUGUUUCCAGCCCAUUCAAAUGUCUUGAUUAGGUUUAAAUUCAACUUAAACCACCUACUUGAUUUCUCUCAGAUUUCAGAAUAAUUUAAACAUUUAAAAUCCAGUAAAUAAGUAAAUAAUUAGCAGAUGAUUGUGCAUGCAAUCAUUUUAUUUUUUAAAAAGAUUUUAUUUAUUUAUUUGAGAGAGAGAGAGAGUGCAUGAGCAGGGGGAGGGGGAGAAGAGGGAGAAGCAGACUCCUUGCUGAGCAGGGAGCCCGACAUGGGGCUCCAUCCCAGGACGUGAGAUCAUGAUCUGAGCCAAAGGCAGAUGCCUCACCCACUGAUCAACCCAGGCGCCCCUGCUUGCAGUGAUUUUAAAUAUAAAGUAUGGAUUAUGUUUUCCUUCUACACUUCAAGAAACAGAUACUAUGAUAUAAAUAAUGAAAUGCAUUAGUACAUAAUGGACACAAAUAACAAGAAAAUAAAAUAAUAAUAAUAAAAGUAAAAGUAAAAUAAAAACCAUUGAUAGAACAAUUGAAACAGAAGUUCCCAAAACAAUAACUUACAUUUUCUACAUGUGAUGCACCUUGCUGUUUUCUUUUCUUUUUUUUUUUUUUAAAGAUUUUAUUUAUUUAUUUGACAGAGAGUUAGCGAGAGCAGGAACACAAGCGGGGGAGUGGGAGAGGGAGAAGGAG